AUGGUCACCAUCAGGAACAGCGACCUCGACCACAGUCGGCUGGUAUCCUCAGAACCCAGCCCAGAACAGCUCUACUCUCAACUAGCAUCGAUCCCAUCCAUCAGCUCAGGACGGUUUAUCAGCAGUCACAUCACCCCCGAGUCCACCUCGAUCCAGCUCGACUAUUCGAUUCGGGAUCACUCCAGGCUCACCAAGCUCAACGCCCGUCAAUCAUUUCAUCUCAUCAACCAUCCUCCAUCUCCGCUUAUCAUCAAUGGUACUCUAGAGUUCAGCGACCCUACGAUUAACUACCAAUCACUCUCUCCUAGUUGCUCGAAACUCGCCAUCUUUCGUACCCUGACCACCCCCAGCAAAUCUGCUGAAAAGCAGUUUUAUCUCGAAAUCUGGCAUACACAGACCAAUCGCCAGCUGGUAUCUCAUAAUCUGACAUCGGUACAUCAAUCAUUUCUACUGAAUGACACAUUUGGCUAUCCGUCUUGGAACUCAUCCGAAACUCAACUAGCAUACUUGGCAGAGACCAAAACAGAGAAAGAUCGCACGAAAUCCAAGUCCUCUUGGCUGGAGCGGAACCGUUAUAUCCCCGAUUUCGGGGAACAAUUGACCGGGAUCCAAUUACCGGCUAUCUUUAUCGCGUCAACCAGCGACUCGGUCGGGGACUCCCAAAAGAUCUGGGCCCCAAUCGUUCAACUGACGGACCCGUCCACUGAUCUCUCAAAAUUGGUUUGGGGACAACCCGUUUUUGGACCGGGUUCUGCCGAGGAACCUGUCGAGAUCUUUUGCACUGGUUUCGGCUCGCUCUCCGACCAUCGAAGGCUCGGGCUAAUUUACUGUCAAAACCGCCCCUCAACGAUCUACAAAUUAUCAUUCAAGAUUCCCGUGAUCGAGAGGAGUGCCGAUCCCCAAGCUCUCAAGCUUCAUCAUCCUUCAAACUUCAUCUCUCAUCGCGUUUCGCACCCCGAUCGAUCUGCCCGGUCUCCACGCGUGAUUGACGGCAAGGUCGUCUAUCUUUCGAAUCCGAUCGGGGGCCCUCAUGCUUCGUGCGCUAGUCUCAAUGUUUAUGAACCCAAGACGAAUGAAGACAAGGUGCUGGUCGGUCCGGUCGAUGAGCCCGAGUCGGGCAGUCAAUUUCCAGGGCUGUACAUCGAUGACCUACCUUCACAGCCGACUUUAUAUGACUCCUAUCAAUCUCAAAACACGUUGAUAGUCGCCAGCUCAAUCUGGGGCUCCUCGAAAAAGUUUUUAACGAUUGAUUUGCGAAGCGGUGAGGUUAAGGCUCAUCCGCCUCCUUGUGAGGGCAGUUGCACUGUCCUCAACACAAACGGCGGCCGGCAAGUUUUGACUGUCUGUAGUCAAACCAGCUGCUCGCCACAAGUGUGGAUUGGUGAACUAGACCAAGGCUCCAAGUUUUCCUGGCAGAGAGUGACUCAUCUGAAAGCAUCAACAAACGUCCAAUCUCAGCUUUCCAAGUUACAAUCUCAAAUCAUCAAAUUGCCGCCCAAUGAUCUGGGUCCUACAGAGAUCGUCCUAACUACACCUAGCGUGAACUUCGCCCGGGAACUCGGAGAGAAGAAAGCUUCUCUAAUCAUCGUUCCUCAUGGUGGCCCGCAUUCCACUUCUCUCAACGAAUUCUCGCCCUCUACCGCUGCCAUGGCUUUAUUAGGACAUUCCAUUGCGUAUAUCAACUACCCAGGCUCCCUUGGAUUCGGCCAGAAAUGGGUAGAAGAGUUACCGAAACGACUGAGCAUAGCAGAUGUUGACAGCUGCAAGUUGGCAUUAGAUCAUUUGCUCUCAUUGGAACUGAUUAAAAAACUUGGGAUCGGUCACCGAAUCUUUGUUAAUGGCGGAUCUCAUGGCGGCUUCAUCACUGCUCACUUGACGAGCAGAUAUCCCGACUUAUUCGCCGCUGCCUGUAUGAGGAACCCGGUUGUUGAUCUAGUGGGCACUGCUAGUGGCGGCAGUGAUAUCCCAGAUUGGUCGUAUGCAGAAGCAAACAUCACGUUCCCGCUCUUGUCGGGUGGCUCGGAGAGGAGCGAUGAAGAGGUCGGAAAGGUUUCAGUGAGCCCGGCCGAUUUUGCGAUCCUCAGAGACCGGUCACCCAUCAAAUUCAUCGACAAGGUCAAGACGCCUACACUGGUUUUACUGGGAAAUCAGGACCGAAGAGUAUCGAAUCAACAGGGUUUAGCCUGGUACCACGGCUUGAAAAGCUUGAAAACUGAGGCCGAAUUGGUCCUGUUCACUGAUAACUCGCACCCCUUGAACUCCAUCUUCGCCGAAUUAAACUCGUUCAUGGUCUGGUUUGAAUUUCUUGCUGAUCGUUGA